CUCUGACGAGGACAAAUUGGAAAACGACUAUGAAGAUGAAUUUUUAGAUGAAGGUAAGAGGAAGUACUGCAUGCAUGUAAAUGAAAAAAAGUACAAAACAAAAAACCCUGGAAAAACAGACUGUUUUUUAAGUAAAUGCGCGGAAAUCGUCCGAAAAUGAGAUACAUCCUUAUACAAACCAUCAUGUAUGAGCACCAAUUACUUGAGCAUGUUGCGUGUUUCUUUUUGAGGCACGAAUGCUGUUAUUUUCUAAAUACUGUAUAUCAAGACAAUCAAAUAGAACUGCAUGGUAGCAACUAUUUGGAUAUGUUGAUAUCAAUGAAUCAAUGAUUUACAGAAAUUUUGCCUUUCGUCAACUUCGCCCAAAAUUAUAGUACUAAUUUUAGUCAGCAUGGUUAAAUGAAUAUUUGUAGCAGCAUGGAGUAAUUUACCUGACCUUAGUACCGUAGGCAACCAAAAAUACGCGUGUAUAAUGCACCAAAUCAGUAUAACCAAAUGUCAAUUUCGAAAUAAAAUUUCACCAUUCCUCUGCAUGAAAUUUGUCGCGCGCCGCAUUCCUUUCAAGGACGGCGCUUGGCGGCGCAACAAACUUGAAAGAGGCUUAUUUAAAAAUUGACAUUUGUCAUAGAUUUGGUGCAUUGUACUUCUAGACGUACUUGGGGCUGCCUAUGGUUGUACAUAUCCCAGACUAAUAAAUGGUUUUGGUCAGCCUAGACCUAGGCCUUUACUCGGCUGGCUUUGGCAGGUAUCUUUGGCAGGUUUGGUCAAUUUCCGGCUAGCAUUUGGUAAUUAGCGCAAUGGCCAUUUGCCUCGUAAAGGCCUAGUCGAUUUCCCAAGUUCUCAAAUUAGCCCCAUAAGUUGGCCAUAACUUCUUGAUCCGAAAUUGAUCAGAAACCAACAACUAAAGCAAUUUAUACUGUCCAGUAGUUAUUACAUUAACUAUAAAAACAUUUUAUAUGACUAAACUAACCUAUUAUUAGUUUAUAAAUGUCGCGUUAAAUUGUAUUAAACAUCUUUAAAGGCCUUUAAAGUUCCAACAAUUUUGUACACUGAUUUAUACUCGAAAUAAUUCCUUUAUUCGCAAGACAAUCUACUGUUUUGCUUUGAAUAACUAUAUUUGCGAAUCGGGAAUGAGGAUUUUGACAUUAUUGUUCAAGUAUUAUGGAUAUACCAUUUGUAAACAAUGUACGUUUUAUACACUGUACGGGCUAAUAAUAUAUGUAUCCGUUUUAUUUAAUAAUUGUAUAUGUGUUUGUAUAUUUUACAAACACAAGGCUGAUUCUUGCCAAAAUUGAGAAAAUAUAUAUCAAUGUAGUUGUGUAAAAGACAAAAUUUCAUGAAAGAUUCUACUUUUGGUAUUUUGAGCUUUCGCUACACUUUGUCAACAUAUUAAAUAAUAGUGUUGCUUCAAACUUUAUGAUAAAAAACCCGAUUUUCUAGACGUGUAUACAAAUAAGAAUAGUAAGUUUAUACUAUAAAUGAGUUUAUUUUACCUGUAUCGGUUUAAAUUCGCUGUUAAGUUGCAAAUAAUUCUGUUUCAGAACGCAAUAAUUGGGCAUUGCGCAAUCAGGGCAGUUUCAGGGCAGUUUUGGCCUUGUUGUUGGGAAAUCCACUAGGCCUUCUAUUUUUUCGCUUGCGUCAGGCUUGCGUCCAUCCUCCACCCCGCCCCCAAAUCACCUAGUCCCAGUCUUUUCAUGUGAAAAAGCGAUGAAUAUUAAAAAAAUAAUAAAGAUAGAAGGCCUAGGUCUAGGCUGGGUUUUGGUCAUUGAAACUAAUUGACGUCUUUUGAUACGUGAAAGAAUGAAAUUUCACCGCAUUUUUAGUAAGUUUCGAAGAAACUUUACAGUAUUGUGACGAGUGGCGAAAAUUCAAACGAAUCAGUCAGUCAGUCAGUCAUAGUGUAAGGUUUCUGUGGGUCGAUUUAUGUUUGUAGUCGGAUUUAUUGUACUUACUCAGUACUUUGAAGGUUAAUUAAUAGGCAAUUCAGUUGUCUUAUUUAAAUAUUCUUUUGUCCUUUCUAAGAUGAAUGCAUACUUUUAUGUUAAUAUAGCGAAUAGUUUAAAAGAAACUUCUGAUGACAUCAUCGCUCGAUUGAAAAUACGAUCAAUGAAGGUAUGAACUAUUUUGUCAAGUAUAGUGCAUGACCAUCUGCAUGUUCUCGUUAGCCAUGCAACAAAAUGUAUUGCAUCUGGAACAGAGUUGCAAGAAUGCUGCGGGUAUGCGGUUACCACCUGUGAUAAAGGUUUACCAUGUGUGAGCUCAGUGAGGAAGAUUUACUGUGGAACACUCUACUCAACACUAACAUCAUAAAACAAAUAAAUUAUGCUUGACUCUUGGCAGGUUGAGUUUGCAGCAUGCUGAUAAUUGGGUUGGUAACUACUGGGAUGGUACUGACACCAGACAGCUAUCACAUUGGAGAAUGCCGAGGAGGAAACAUUAACAAUUGAAAAAUUUUCUGUAGGAAAUCAUUUUGAAUGACAUAAUAGGGCCAUUUAUACGGGACAAAAUAAGUCGCGACUUACAUAAGACGCGUCUUAUAUAAGCGGAGUUAUCGCAUAAAUGGUUCUCUACGGGUUUAUUCUUAUUUACUUGCUAUAGCUAUAAUGUUGUUUCGGUUGUUUUUGUUUUAAUAUGCAAGGCAAAUAAUUUUACGUUGUUUCAAGUUUCGGGCAUGUGUAGUUAGAAUUUUUGUCCAAAAUAUUUUAUUUAAGACGCGACUUAAAUAAGAACAGCUAAAAGUCCUGUUCUUAUGUAAGACGCGUCUUAUCCAAGACGCGUCUUACAUAAGAAUUUUGUACCUUUUAUACGACAAACUCGCGUCUUAUUUAGGUCGCGUCUUAUGUAAGUCGCGUCUUUUUUUGUCCCGUAUAAAUGGCCCUAAUGUAUAUUUUGCAAUUUGAAAGAGCCACGAUUCACAUUAUUUUGAGGAACGUUUCAAAACUUGAUAUUUACUGAAAGGAAUUAGGUUCAACAGUUCUUGCAAACUCUGUUCUGGAAAUCCUUAUGUGUUGUAGCAAUGCCAAAUGAUCACACUCCCAAUUUGUGAAUUUUCUGACCUUCCUAUACCCCAAUAUUUUAGGGAUAUGAAAACGGAACCACGGGAUUUUUUGUUGGACCAAUUGUUGAAAAACACAGUCUGUCAUGUAUAGGGAUGCCAGAUGUAUAGUUGUUAGAGUUUGAGUGCCAUCCACAAAUUUAUUCCAAUAAAUCAUAUUCGGGCAGUUCAUUUAAGCGAAUUAGGAGUCUCUACCGCGCAUCCAACGAGGCGUUCUGCGUUGGCAUAGAUCGCAGUUGAAAAUAAAACAUGUAGUAUUGGAAUAUCCGCAUGAAAUAUUAGAAUAACCAUGCAUAUGAAAUAUCUACUGUUCAAUCAUUAUUUGAAUAUGCAAAAAGUUGCUCAAAAACAACGACGCACGGUUUAUUCACUUGAAAUUACAAAAUUUAAUCCAUCAAUUGCACCUUUCUUUAUUUUGAUUACACAGAAGACAUUAUAUGUGCUAGUAAAAAAAUUAUUCAAUGGCUAUAUUCUAUUGUAGUUAUAGAUGAAACACGAUUACUCAUUAAUAAUUCAUAAGCUUAUUGGCAAAUCAUGUCAACAAUAAUAUGUCACAUGCAGUGGCUUCAAACCUGAUAAAACACUUAUAUAAAACAUUUAUAUAAAGAAUACUAAUGAAGCAGAAUCUAUUGUUGUCGUCUCCUCAUUAGUAUUCUUUAUAUAAAGAAUACUAAUAAGGCGGUAUAUCUAGAAUUUGUAGUCGUGUUUGAAGCCGUUUAAUAAACUUGCAGGUCGUGUUUUAUUAGGUCGAAAGCCACUCGCGCUGCGCGCUCGCGGCUUUAAACCUAAUAAAACACUCCUGCUCGUUUAUUAAACAGUACAUAAAAGAUUGCACAGUUCAUUUCUUCAACAUAUUUAAUGUACGCGUAAAAUCCAACAUCUUGUAUAGCAAGUCUGCCAACAAGCUGUCAACAGUUGUGUUCGCACUGCUCGUCCCAAGUUGUCAACAAGUUUGCAACAACUUGUCAACAGUUGUCACAACCUUGUUGAUUAUCAGACUUGUAUAGCAAGGUUGUCCCAACAAGUCCGAUACAGUCAUGAUAUAACAAUAUUGUUACAACCUAGUGUCGUCAACCUUGUAAUAUUCUUGUUAUAUCAUGACUGUAUCAGACCUGUUAGAACAACCUCAAGUAUAACAAGGCUUGUUACAAGUUGUUAACAGCUUGUUCCAAACUUGUUAAACGACUAGAACGAGCAGUGCAAGCAAAACUUGUCCACAGCUUGUGAACAGAUUUGUAACAAGUUGUUUGCAGACCUGAUAACAACUUGUGCGUUUUUACUCGCGUACAUUGUUAUGAUUCAACCGCAACUUAUCCCGAACGCGUCAUUUGUAUGCGCAGUCGAGACUCUGUAUUAGCUUAUUAAAGGACGUUGGCAGUAAAAAAACACGUCUUGUUGCAGAUUUUUCAUGUCAGGCAUAAUUCUUGUUAAUAAUCUCGAGUUAAUAACCACAUUUCCACAUUGAUUAUGGUCUUGAUGACGUCAGACCGGAAUUAGCCUUAUAAAAUUACUUGUCAAAACCAAAAGUUUGUUUAAUUUAAAAUAUUUUUUUACUCCGUUCGAAAUUUGAAAUAGCAACCAAAAACGAGUUUUGUGCUCAUAUUGAUCACUGGCUUUCAAGAUAAAAAAAUUGCGUCACCCUACUUGCGACGUAACGUGCAUAUCUUCAAUAAUCCAAUAUGGCGGACAGGUGACUCUUCAGAGUCAAAAUAUUUCAAGAAUUAAAACAAAUAUGAAAUAUCGCUAUAGUGGCCUUUAAGGAAAAUUUGAAGGCUUUUUAUUUCAUAACGUUUAGUUGAACUUUUGUUCAAUCUGCCCAUUUUUCUGUUUUAUAGCAAACAGAGCGACAUAAUGACAGAAUGGCCGAGCUUAAUUUGCCCGGGAAGUGA